GCUGUGGAAGAGCUGCUUAAAGAGGCAAAACGUGGGAGAACCAGAGCUGAAACAAUGGGAGCUAUGGGCUGGUGUGUUUCAUGAGGACUUCUGGGAUUUCCUCAGCCCUUUGUCAGAGGAGUCCUGGAGAAGAGAUGCACAAACCCUGGAGACAUCUAGUGUAAGGCCAUCAAUCCUGCAUUGGCACUGGAUAGUUGAAGCAACUCGGCCUAUGAAGAAAAGAUUUGUUCUGCCAUCUGUCUUUGGGGUGGCUACUAAGAAGAUGGAGACUCCCUAUUUACAAGGGGUCACAUGGGAAAGACAAGGGGUAAUGGGUGCGAGUUACUCCUGGGGAGAUCCCGAUUGGACGCCAGAAGAAAAUUUUUCACUGUUGAAGUGUCCUCUUGCUGGUACAAAUAAAAGAUUUCUUAUUAAUACCAUCAAAAACACGUUGCCGUCUCAAAAAGAACAGGACCAAGAACGUGAGCAAAAGGAAGACAGUAAGGAGCCCGAGCCAAACAAAAGCAGGAAAGAAGAAAAACCAAAGAAGCGCAGAAUUCAUCCGUACACACCCAGCUUUCAGUCCAGAAGGAGAGUCAGCUACUCUCCUCCGAGGCACCGAAACAGGAACCAGCACACAAAGGAUAAGCAUGAAAAGCGAUCAAGCAAACGAUGAGGAGAGAAGAGUGAUGAAUGUGUUGUUCCAAGCCAGGAAUGUUAUUAAGCUUCAGACUGCAGGGAUGUCUCAGUUUGUCAGGAAAAGUUGCUGUUCAAAAUUGAAUUUUGAAGCAAGUGGCUUGUGUGAGAACUUGAGGUAGCUUUAGAAAACCUUUCUUUGGGACCUUCAAGGGAAAAGCAUAGUGCAGCAUAAAUCUUUUCAGUUGUUUCAGAACAGACAUUCCUCUCCCUUUACUCCAUUCCUCUCUCCCCUUCUGACUAAGCUUAAGGUCUUGGUGAUGGAGCAUGAUACAUGUGUCACUGUCCAAUACAACUCGUUUAGUCAUGCCUCUUUUUGAAAUAAAUUUAAAUUGAGCAGAAAUCUAUUUAUUGUAUACAUUGGGCAGAACUUCCUUGCUGCUAACCAACAGAGAAGUUUUGAGUGUUUGGGUUAGUUUAGUUUUACAGAAUCUAGAAGGGAAAGCUGGUCAGUGCCUGGCCAAGCUCAUGCAUUUUGUAUAGAAUAUAAAAGUUGCUUUCUUCAGUAUAGAAAGAAAAAAUUUAAAAUUUGUUAAAAAGGAUAAUGCUAGUUUUCCUUUCUAGGAGGAACUACCAGGAUGUACUGAUUCUGCUUGUUAUUGUAUAUUCACAAACCUGUUGUAGAUAGUAAUAAACAUUACCCCUAAAAAGCCAUAACUGCAAUAAUUGUCUCUGUUUAGGCUUCCCUCUGUAAGGAAGUAGUUUGAACAGUCUGUUGUCAUGGUGCUUUCAAAACAAACCUUGAAAACAAAAUUAUCUUGUCCUCUUUCCAUUGCUAGGAAGUUUCCAAGUAAAUGCAUAAUACUAGAAAUGCAGAGGUGAUACUUAAAAACAGUCAAAUGCUCACUUUUCAAGCCUGUGUGGCAGUUCUGUAGUGGUACAGUUCUUAAACUUGUGAUGACUUGGAGCACAUAUAAAACACAUCAGCAUAUUCUGUGUCUCACUUCUGUUUGUGUUACAGUAACAACCUUGUGUGUGAAAUACUUUGUAUUUCAGUAUUCUCAAAAAAAAUUGUUUCGAACAUAGGUUUCUGGUUUUAAGUGUGUUGAAAAUAAAAGCGAAAAUGUUCAUGAAAA